CACGUCGAUAUUAUCCAAAGGAGGCAUCUUUGCAACUUCUAAAAAAACAAACAAACAAAAAACUUCGAACCUAGAACUAGAACGAGCAUCCGAGCAAGGCACCAAAUGACCUAUGCAUGGACGAUGCCGUGUCGACGAGCCGGCCCGUGGGUUGCGUUGCAUUGACGUCAAGCGUCAGUGCGUGUCAUGCAUGUCGGCGUGCCCCCAUCGACCUCUCCGCCCCGUCGUGGCCCUACGUGAGCGCAUGGGUCACCAUAACCUUCCCUCGUCGUCGUCCAGCUCGAUCCAUGCAUCGAUGCUCCCAAGGAAGCCCAAACAAGACAGAACUGCUAAAUAGCUGAUGACCCCGAGAACGUCCAAGCAUCAUCAGCCAGACAGCCACCCGGACCGGACGUAUAUCUUGGGGCGCCGCCGCCGGCAGAUCGCAUACGGCGACACGAACAACGGAAGAGGGCAAUAUAUCUACACCACCACGCCGCCUCCAGCCAGCCUCCCUUCUCGUUUGCUUUCCUUCUGCUAGCUCGCCGAUCCGAUCGGUCCUCUUCUACACUCUUCCAUCGAGCUAGUGCCAUCCAUGAUCCAUGGCGCACGGCGCCACGGUUCCGCUGGGCAAAUCGAUGCGGCGCGCGCUGCGGACCGCCAUCGGCAUACCCAAGAAGAAUAAGCCGCCGCCGCCGCCGCUGUUGCCAAACGGCAGCGGCAGGGACCCGGGCGUGUCCAUGGAGCUGAGCAGCUCGUCGUCGGUGGCGGCGAGGAAGGAGGCGGUGGUGCGGGUGGUGAUGCGCGGCGGGGUGGUGGAGGUGUACCCGGGCGUGGUGCUGGCGUGCACCGUCAUCCGGAACCACCCGCCGGGGCUGUGCCUGGCGCACCCGGACGUGUUCCGCAACCCGCACGGCGCCGUCGUCCGCCCGCUCGAGCCGCUCUUCCCCGGCCAGAAGUUCCUGCUGCUCCCCGAGACCACCGUGGUCCGGCUCAAGCAGAGGAUCCCGGAGAGCUCCAUCGGCGCCUUCGCGGACGAGGAGGAGUACGGCGACGAGGACGAGACGUCGUCGUCCUCCUCCUCCUCGGAGGCUGACGAGGUUGGCGCCAUGACGGCGUGCAGCGCCAGGGAUUACUUCGUGGCCAGGGACCGGUGGUCGGAGUGCCGCUUCAGGAGGCUCGUGGAGCAGGGGUUCGCCGUGGAGCCGAGCAAGGACGGCGACGACGACGACGACGAGCCGGCCGAGAGGGAGAAGGACAGGGCAAGGGCGACGACGAAGAAGGGGAACAGGAAGAGGCGGAAGGGGAGGCGGCGGAGAGACCGUCGUAGUAGUCCGGUGCCCCAGCUGCUGCCGGUGGGGCUCAGGGGAUUCGCGACGGCGAGGAGGACGUGGGAGCCCAGCCUGCCGUCCGUGGAGGAGGAGGAGGAGGAGGCCGCCGUCUCUCCUCGCCACCGUCCUCCGUCGGGGGCCAACAAAAGGUCAUGCAUGAACCGCUAUCAGUAAGCUGACCAGUGGUGUUCGUUGUUACACUUUUGCUUGCACUUGCACAUAGUCGUGUCGUCGUCAUGGUGUCCUGAGGACAGUUCAAAGCGGCCGGCCGAUCACUCUCUGCACAUACAGUGCUCUGGCCUCUCUGGUCCGAUCCGUGUGCGUGCGGCUUGACCUUGUUGUGAUCGAUCAUCGUGUCGUGCGCGCAUUGGUGUUUUCGAUCGUGGUGGUAUUGGCAAUGCGUCUUUACUAGCUGUCUCAUCAUGCAUACAUAAACAACUCUACGUUGUCUCGUAAAAAACCUUAGUUCUACUUGAAA